AUGGUACACUACGGUAAACAUAUAAUUGAUCCUCAAACUGGUUUAUGUGAAAUUUGCGAUCGUGGUGCCAUACACGAAAUUCGCCAUGGAAAACGACAUGGAAAACAAUUUCUAUACUCAAAUCAAGAUGGAAAAUUUACUUAUCGCUCUAAUGAUGACAAUGAAGUAAAUUAUGAUAACGAAGCAACACCACGUCAUGUUCGAAAACCAUUGUAUCCUGAACCGCCACCACCACAACCAACACGAACACGUCCAGUCGUACAAGAACAGCCGGUGGCCCCUCAUAGAAAAGUCACCCGCCGUGAUCAUUCACCAGUAGAUCAUAUCAAACAUAAUCCUACAGCGGGUAUGGCAACACUUUAUUAUGUUGAUAAUACAGGUCAGAUGGUUCCUCGAAGUAACGUUCUAUCAGAUGAGUCACAUCGAACUUACAUCGUUCAAAAUCAUAAUUCGCCACCGACACGACCAGCUCAUACUGUACGAAGACAUGCUAAAACACCACCACCACCAGCGAGUGAUUCCAUGCGUUCACAACCAAGACGAAAGAAUAAUUCGGAUACACGAAUUAUUGAACGGCAGCAUAGAGAAAAUGCCGAUGAUAGUCAUUUUCACCAAUCACCAAGAAGAGCUGAAAUGUAUUUUGUUGAAGCACCUCACAAUAACAACAAUUUUACAGCGUUACGUUUCUCAUUUCAGCCAUCUCAUUCAAAUAAUACUCCGUCACCUCGCAUGAAUCCUCACGGUGAUCCGCAUAGAAAACACCGUCAACUUGAACCAAUUCAACGAGUCAAUUACACUGAAAUUGAACCAGCUGCUACAAGAAGAACUCAUAAAAAAUUAUCACCAACUUAUGACCCAUACGAAGAAGAACAUGUUCCAAAUGGUAAUCAUCAGCGACCUAUACGAAAACUUGAAAAAAUUUAUCCAACACCAAGACAAUACGAAUCGGAACCACAAUUAUCAAACAAACAUCUUAGAAAUCCGUCACACAAUAAAAAUCCAUCUCUUUAUUAUAUUCAAACUGUUAAUGGUUAUUAA